AUGCUAAAGAGAGUUUAUCCUUCGAACCCAAUCUUGGUUUCUUACUUAGCAACCAUCAAUACUUCUGUGGAUACUAGGAUUCUUUUACCACAAAUAUCUGAAAAGAAAUCCAAGAAGUCGAAGACAGCUGAUGUUGGGUCUUCAGAUACAAAAGUCAAGUCUUCAAAGAAAACGAAGCAGGUUCCUGUGAUUGAACCUGAGCCAAUUCAGCCAGAGCCGAUUAUUCCAGAUACCCAAGUUACUAAAAAGGAAGUCAUUCUUUUGAAGACUGGAGUAUUUAGACGAAUUAAGAUGAAGUCAAAGAGCAAGAGAAGAUCAUCAGUUACGAAUUUUGUACGUAAAACAAAAGUAUCUCAUCAAGGGGUGAUUUUUUGGGAAAUUCUUGCCCCUGCUUCUCCAUCAUCAAAGAAGAGAAUAGCUGCUGACAUGGCUAAGCAUAUUUCUAAGAAGAAGCAGCGUAAUUUGGUUAUCUCUUCUGAUUCUACAGCUGAUGAGAUAGAAGUUAUUCCAGAGACUCCAGAAACAGUUCUUAUCAAAGAAUCUUCUAAAGCCGAUACUUCAGUGACUCAACCACCCAAAGUUUCAAGUGCCAAGAUAGUUACCGUGGAGGCUCGAACUUCAGACAUCCCUAUAAACAUAUCUGAUAUGGAUACAAUUUUCAUUAUGGAUGAGGAUACUUUGAAUAAUGCAGCUAAAGGUAACACUUCGAAUGUGGUUUGCGAAUCUCUCAUUUCUUUGCCUUCUCAGACUACCCCUAUUAUUCCUACAACAUCUACCACUGAUUCUCCCACAUUUACUCACAUUAUUUCACAUCCAUUCACAACACUCUUUUCAUCACAAUCAACUGAUCCACCUACCACCACCUCUCCACUGAAAGAUUCAUUCUUGGAAACUGAAAUGAAUUAG